AUGGGUGAUCAGGUUAUUUUGAAGAUUUCACCCAUGAAAGGUGUUAUGAGAUUUGGGAAGAGAGGUAAGUUGAGUCCGAGCUAUAUUUGGCCGUUUGAGAUCCUUGAUUGUGUGGACGAUGUUGCUUAUGAGUUGACCUUGCUACUAGGCAUGGCAGGCAUUCAUCCAGUUUUUUAUGUGUCUAUGCUGAAAAAGUAUCAUGCCGAUGGUACUUAUAUUGUUCGCUGGGACUCGGUAUUGCCUGAUGAGAAUCUGACUUACGAGGGGGAGCCUAUUGCGAUGUUGGAUAGGCAGGUUCGAAAGUUGAGGUCUAAGGAGAUAGCUUCUUUGAAGGUACAAUAG